AUGACCUGUGAAAAUUGCUCCGUGUUGAGGGAAUUCGUGUUCCUGGCUUAUCCUUCUUGUUCAGAGCUGCGUUUCUUGUCCUUCUUUGGAAUCAGCCUGAUUUAUGUGUUCAUUGUCGCUGGGAAUGUACUCAUUGUAGUGUCUGUCUGGAUAGAAUCCUGUCUACACGUGCCCAUGUACUAUUUUCUGGGCAGCCUCUCAUGGAUAGAACUAUGCUACACUGCUGCGGUGGUGCCCCAUAUUCUGGCCAACACUCUUCAGACAGAGAGGACCAUCACCCUCCUGGGCUGUGCCACUCAGAUGAUUUUCUUCAUCGGCCUUGGCAGUGCUGAUUGCCUACUCUUGGCUGCCAUGGCCCUUGAUCGGUACAUUGCCAUUUGCCACCCUUUGCAGUACCCUCUCAUCACGACCUUCACUUUUUGUGUCCGCUUGGUUGUGGCUUCUGUGGUCAUUGGCUUGUUCCUGUCCUUACAGUUGGUGGCCUUCAUAUUCUCUCUGCCAUUCUGCCAGGCUCGGGGCAUUGAGCACUUCUUUUGUGAUGUACCACCAGUGAUGCGUCUUGUUUGUACCAGCAGCCACCUCCAUGAGCAGUCGGUGCUGGUGGCAGCCACGCUCGCCAUUGCUGUGCCUUUUCUCCUCAUUGCUGCCUCUUACACCUGCAUCCUUGCUGCUGUGCUCAACAUGCACUCAUCCGCUGGUCGUUACCGGGCCUUCUGUACCUGCUCCUCCCACCUCACUGUGGUUGUGCUGCAAUAUGGCUGUUGUGCCUUCAUGUAUCUGCGUCCGGUCUCUAACUAUCACCCCAAGCAAGAUCAGUUCAUUUCAUUGGUGUACACACUGGGAACCCCGCUGCUCAACCCCCUAAUCUACACGCUGAGAAACACUGACAUGAAAGGGGCCCUAGGGAGAGUUCUUACCAGGAAGUGUCCCUCCCUGAGCAGCUAG